AUGCUUGCAGCCGAAGAUGGUAUACCUAUUAUGGUUGAUACUUCAGAUACUGAUGCAGUGACGUCAGUUAACUUUGUUGGCGCGACUUUUCCUUGCCCAUGGAGCGAUUUGCCACCUGUUCAACCUAGCUCCUGUGAACUAGAAAAUUUUGACGAGGUCUCCCUAAUUAAAAAAAUUCAGACUGAGUAUUGGUGGAUUCGAGAAACACAUAUAAAGACUGGUCCUGAUAAGAAUAGUAAUUUUAAGAACACCUGGCUCUUUUCCUCAGAAAAAGGGCAGAGUGAGUCACGCAUCGAACUUUCGGAGUACCAAGUCGUGCGCGAAUGCCUUUGGGCACUACUGGGGGCUGGCAAGGGCUUUCUCUUUGCUUAUUGCACUGAUUGCGAGGUUCUUGUUAGAAACAUUUGUUUGUACGCCCGAAAACCCGCCUGUCUCACUCAUCUCACUUACGGCGCCCUCGACGCCUUCUGUGUCGAAAUUGCCAAGUACUGUACAUGUAUUCUUCAGAUUCGCGCUUUCACCGAUUUCGUCCUUCUUGCAGUACCUGGAACCGUGCCACUCCCCUUUAUUAGACUGGCAGAAUCAUGUGCGCGUCUAACGCAAGACACUUAUCGGACUAUUGCGUCGCUCGAGGAAGACGCAAGGAUGCCUGAUACACCCCCUUUAACUCUAGUUAGUCUGACUAGUAAACUGCAGUCAUGGUUCCGACGUCUUUCUUUCAUGGCAGCUCUCAUCUUACAAGUUUGCUCCCCCCAAUUAACCACCGUUAUGUCGGACACGACUUCAAUCCUUCUUCUGAAUCGUCUUGAGGAGCUUUCUUGCACGCUUUCUCAUCACCUCUCCGACCCAUAUCUUGUUGGCCUUAUUAACGAUGUCUACAUCUCUGCGACUGAGGCAUAUCUCUCCGACCUACUGAGUAAAUCAGGCGGCCGGCUUUUUUCCGCCCCCUUUCUUCGGCGCAAUUCCGAAUUUUCUCCAACCCAUCCUAUGUUCUGGGAGUUUGGUAUUACACUGCAUAAAAAUAUUGUACCAAGCGUUCUCCUCCCAGUAAUAAACGACGUUUUUGUUGGUGUCAAGUCACUGACACUUCUUCAAACCACUGCAUCCACUUUUAGAAUCCCGAAAAUUGCAGAAAUUUGCAGACCUCUAACACCCCCGGUUAUACAUUGUUCCAAUGUUGGAGCGGAUUCUGUGCUUGAACUCGACCCACUCGAUGAUCCCGAGCUGCAUGAACUGGCUAAGUUGAUGCACUCCAUUGCGCUGAAGAAGCCGAGUAAUACUUUGCUUCUGUCAGCACCAAGAAAGUGGGAAAACUCUCCAAGCCGCACGAUACAGCACCUCAUGGAGAGUGUGCGGCUGCUAUCGAAGCGAAUUUCUGCCCAGUUGUACUCCUCUCUCCUACAAGGACCCCUGGUUUUGACGAGUAGAUCUAAGGACGAUUCAGUGAGCGACAGCUUCCAUUUGACUCAUGCCUUCACAUGUUUGGCUGAUGUGGCUUUCUUUCGCGCCGCAGAUAGGAUGAAUAUAUUCUGUCAGUCACUAUUUCUGCUUCGUCCGGGCGAACGAACGGAGGCUGAGGUAAACGGCAUGCUAAGGGAGCAACUCACUUUGAUUUGCGGUGAAAAAUCGUGGAUUCACGGACAUAUUCGCAUUGGAUUGGAUAAUCAAGGCAAUGUUAUGGGGGAUGACGUGCAAGCAAGAGCAAAUGCAUUGAGGCUAUGGGUCGAUGUCCCUUGGCCGUUGAAUAUUGUUUUAACAGAGAAGAAUCUUGGGGUCUAUCAACAGGUCUUCAAGUUUCUUCUUAUGUUGAAACAUGCGAAGUGGGCUUUGGACAGCGCCAGAUGGGCCCAAAGUGCAGCGACCCACAAGAUGGCCAUUUUGCGCUCGCGCUUCCUCUUCGUGAUAAACGGCCUCUACGCGUUCAUCGUGGACAACAUUGAGGCGGCUCACGUGAGGUUCAUGCGGGAGGUGACACAGCUCCAGGACGACUGCAGCCUGGACACUCUUAUGACCAGCUUCACACACUAUCUCACACGAAUCGUCCAAUUGUGUCUUCUAGAGGAUUGCGCAUCACAACAGAUCCUGAAUCAGGCGCUGAGAGGGCUCUUUGAACUGUGUUUGCAUUUUCAGUUGCCCGACGUUAUUGGAAGUCAUCUGGCUAGCGAGUUCUCGACUCGUGUUGCCUUUCUUCGAACAAUACUUUCGGAAGCCAUGCAGGACAGCGGUCGGAGGGAGAAAGCGACCCCGUUCUUGCAUGUUUUAGAGUUGGCGCAUCGAUUUAACACUGAUAUGCAAACUCGGCUGCAUUUUAACCGGUGA